GGUGCGCGCUCCCGCCUCCCCAGUAAAUGGGUGGUGGUGCGGUUGGGUUGUUUUGUGCAGUGAUUCUUAUGGUUAAUCGUGUUUUGUCUAAUGCCCUAAUGAAUUUUCUACAUACAGAUUUCGAAGGCCUUGGACCUGGACUGUAACGACCCAACCACACAUUGGAGAGACGAUAAGGCAACAGGGAAAGAGCAUUAAAGCUAAAAAUGUGUAGUAAGGAGAACCAUACCGAAAGGUGUAAACAACGGGAACACAAAUGUGACAAGUUUAAGGUGGACGAAGAUGUCGAGUCAUGCAUAAAAGCUCUUAAAAAGUUGGCUACGAAUGAAACUGGCGACGAAGCAAGUGAUCAAAAAGUCGAAUCUGGAUCUGAGGCUAAGGAAGAUAUGUUUGACAAAAGGGCAGCCAUUGUAAAUGGUGCUUAUAAACCUUCCAACGACGAGACUGACCAUGCACUACGUCAAGGCUGUGAAGAUUAUUGCACGUACUUGUAUUACCGACAAAAAUUUGGCAUCAAGAAGAGUGGCAUUCCGUGUUUUUGGCUUUGUAUCUUUCGUAAUACGGGGAUACUCUGCGACCUGGUGCAAAAUCACGAUGAGUUAAUAUUGAAACAUUUGACUGAUGUAAAAGUAGUCACAAAGGAAAAUCCAAAGUGCUUUGUUCUUGAAUACCAUUUUGAUGACAACGACUUCUUUUCCAAUAAAGUUCUUACGAAAACAUAUUUCUAUAAAACUCCGGAAAAUCCAGACGACACCACUAAGCCUUUAGAGCUCUACAAAUCUGAGGGAUGCAUCAUUGACUGGUUCCCAACCAAAGCUUUGACCAUCAAAUAUAUUAAAAAAAGGGAGAAAGUUGGUAACACCACUAAGUUCGUUACGGUAACUGUAAAACAGGCAUCGUUUUUCCAUUUCUUCACGCCGCCCCAGUUACCUGAAGAUUCUGACGCCAAGCACAUUAAAUUAGCAAUGAAAAAUGAUUUUGCUUUAGGUCUAUAUUUUAAGGAUAGCAUUAUUCCUAAAGCGGUCCUGUUCUUCACCGGUGAAAUGACCGACGAGGUUAUGUUCUACGACUUUGGUGAUGACACUGAUGAGGAGGAUGCUUCUGCUGAUGAUGCUAAACCUGUUGCUUGACUUGAAGUAUGGUGAUAAACAAAUAUUGUCCGGUAUAAUUUUUAUUUUGAAUUUAAAUCACUUGACUGUAAUGUUAAAAUAUAAUUUUCCAUAAUAAUUUUUUAAAAUUGUAACAGGUCAAAUUUAAUAAAGAAAUAGGUGCUUUAC